UACAUACCUACCACAUCCAACUCCUUCUCUCCUUGUUUUGUUUCCCCAUCAGAAUACAACACCAGCAAUCCUGACUUGUUGCUAGUCAUAUUUCAAGUGACAGGCAUCAGCCUCCUGCCACCACUGGGAGUUGCCAUAUCUGUCAUCAUCAUCUUCUACUGCUACCGCGUUAACCGGCAGCAGAAGCUGAGCUCAUCCUGGGAAGCUGGCAAGCCACGGAAGCUCAUGGACUUCAGCGAGCACUGUGCCAUCAUCCUGGAAGACGACCGCUCCGACAUCAGCUCCACAUGCGCCAACAACAUCAACCACAACACAGAGCUGCUGCCCAUUGAACUGGACACCCUGGUGGGGAAAGGUCGCUUUGCUGAGGUCUAUAAGGCCAAGCUGAAGCAGAACACUUCAGAGCAGUUUGAGACAGUGGCAGUCAAGAUCUUUCCCUAUGAGGAGUAUGCCUCUUGGAAGACGGAGAAGGACAUCUUCUCAGACAUCAACCUGAAGCAUGAGAACAUACUCCAGUUCCUGACAGCUGAGGAGCGCAAGACGGAGUUGGGGAAGCAGUACUGGCUGAUCACUGCCUUCCAUGCCAAGGGCAACCUACAGGAGUACCUGACGCGGCAUGUCAUCAGCUGGGAGGACCUGCGCAAACUGGGCAGCUCCCUCGCCCGGGGCAUUGCCCACCUCCACAGUGAUCACACUCCGUGCGGGAGGCCCAAGAUGCCCAUCGUGCACAGGGACCUCAAGAGCUCCAAUAUCCUCGUGAAGAACGACCUGACCUGCUGCCUGUGUGACUUUGGGCUUUCCCUGCGUCUGGACCCUACUCUGUCUGUGGAUGACCUGGCUAACAGCGGGCAGGUGGGAACUGCAAGAUACAUGGCUCCAGAAGUCCUAGAAUCCAGGAUGAAUUUGGAGAAUGUAGUCUUUAAGCAGACCGAUGUCUACUCCAUGGCUCUGGUGCUCUGGGAAAUGACAUCGCGCUGUAAUGCGGUGGGAGAAGUAAAAGAUUAUGAGCCUCCAUUUGGUCCAAGGUGCGGGAGCACCCCCUGUGUCGAAAGCAUGAAGGACAACGUGUUGAGAGAUCGAGGACGACCAGAAAUUCCCAGCUUCUGGCUCAACCACCAGGGCAUCCAGAUGGUGUGUGAGACGUUGACUGAGUGCUGGGACCACGACCCAGAGGCCCGCCUCACAGCCCAGUGUGUGGCAGAACGCUUCAGUGAGCUGGAGCACCUGGACAGGCUCUCGGGGAGGAGCUGCUCCGAGGAGAAGAUUCCUGAAGACGGCUCCCUAAACACUACCAAAUAGCUCUUCUGGGGCAGGCUGGGCCAUGUCCAAAGAGACUGCCCCUCUCACCAAAGAACAGAGGCAGCAGGAAGCUGCCGCUGAACUGAUGCUUCCUGGAAAACCAAGGGGUCACCCCUCCCUGUAAGCUGUGGGGAUAAGCAGAAACAACAGCAGCAGGGAGUAGGUGACAUCGAGCAUUCUAUGCCUUUGACAUUGUCAUAGGAUAAGCUGUGUUAGCACUUCCUCAGGAAAUGAGAUUAAUUUUUACAAUAGCCAAUAACAUUUGCACUUUAUUAAUGCCUGUA